CAGCUUGUCCCGUGCAACUAACAGCAAACAUGAACACCCUCCAAGUCGCCCUCUUCGCCGCCGUCGCAGUCGUCUCGUUCGCCCAGUUCGACGGUGCUGAUUUCUCCCGGUUCGCCGGCCAGCACGCCGCUGGUGGUGAUUCUCCCCAGUUCGACUCCUCAGCUUUCGGUGGUGCCGAGGCCGGAGCCUUCGGUGCCCAUGGAGCUGCUGGAGCUCAAGAUUUCUCUGGCUUCCAAGGAUUUGAUGCUCAAGCCGCUUUCGGACAACAAGGGCAGGGACAGCAGUUCGACAGCUCCGCUUUCGGAGGAUUCGGAGGUGAUGUCGAUGCUUCUCAGUUCCAGUGAGCGUUGAUUUCAUGACGAGUCAGCGACUAUGUUGCAAUUCUUGCCAUCUGUGAUGAGAGAAUCGAAUGUCUCAAUGCUGCUGGGACCGACCGUCGGCGCCGUUCGACGACGGCGCUGCGAUGUCGGCGUAGGUCGGUAAAGUUUGGCUGCGAAUUGCAGAACCGGAUUGUAUAUAUGUUUUGUAUAUAAUAAUGGAGGAAAAACACCAAAAACAAAUGAAUAAAUCUAUGUUCGUAGAGGACGAUCCAUCUACGGAAACACAUAAAA